ACGAUCGUUGGACGCUAUGCUGAGGAGAUCAAGGGUGCGAUGAUUUUGCUUGAGCAUCGCUACUGGGGAACCUCAUCACCAUAUGCCAAUUUGACCACUGAGACGCUCCAGUACCUCAGUCUGGAGCAGUCGAUUGCGGACCUCGUCCACUUUGCAAAGACCGUGAAUCUUCCGUUCGACACCGAUCGCAGCAGUAACGCUGAUAAUGCGCCAUGGGUGCUCACUGGGGGCUCCUACAGCGGUGCCCUAGCCGCGUGGACCGAAUCGAUUGCCCCAGGGACCUUCUGGGCGUACCAUGCAUCGAGUGCGCCUGUGGAGGCUAUCUAUGACUUCUGGCAAUAUUUCGUCCCCGUUACCGAGGGCAUGCCCAAGAACUGCAGCAAGGAUCUCUCACGCGUGGUGAAAUAUAUUGAUCACGUCUACAAGUCAGGCGAUAUCGAUCGUCAGCAGGAACUGAAAGAGAUGUUCGGGUUGGGAGGGCUCAAGCACUUCGAUGACUUUGCAGCAGCAAUUGAGAACGGACCAUGGCUCUGGCAGUCGAAUAGUUUCUACACGGGAUACUCCGGCUUCUUUAAAUUUUGCGACGCGGUUGAGAAUGUCAACCCUGGAGCAAAGUCGGUUCCUGGACCGAGCGGCGUCGGUCUCGAAAAAGCGCUGAAAGGCUAUGCGUCGUGGUUCAAUUCAACGUUCCUGCCUGGAUACUGCGCCAAAACUUACGGUUAUUGGACUGACGAUUACGCAAUUGACUGCUUCGACACAUAUACUCCUUCUAACCCCCUAUUCACUGACCUGUCCCCCAGCAACACGAUCAAUAGGCAGUGGGUGUGGUUCACAUGCAAUGAACCUUUCUUCUACUGGCAAGAUGGUGCACCAAAGGAUGAGUUCACCAUUGUCUCCAGGCUGGUCUCAGCGGAGUACUGGCAACGACAAUGCUCGCUGUUCUUCCCCGAACUCAACGGCUAUACAUACGGUAGCGCCAAAGGCAAGACCGCUGACGACGUGAAUCAGUGGACCAAGGGCUGGGACUUGACGAACACAACACGCCUGAUCUGGACAAAUGGUCAAUUCGAUCCCUGGAGAGACUCGGGAGUCUCAUCCAAGUUCAGACCCGGAGGACCCCUUCAGUCCACAGAGAAGGCGCCAGUACAGGUGAUUCCGGGCGGAUUCCAUUGCUCAGAUCUGAGGCUGCGGAAUGGGGCUGUGAAUGCCGGUGUUCAAAAAGUGAUUGAUAAUGAGGUGGCGCAAAUUAAGGCUUGGGUUGCGGAGUAUCCCAAAUAUCAGAAGCCUUGA